GAUGUAACAUGCGUAACUGCACGGUUUAGCCUCAAUAAAUCGCAUUUUUUGCAUUCUCCUUAAACAGUAGGUGUCAUAAACAUUAUUUCACUGAUGUAAUAGUAUUUAUGAAUGUGCUUUUGAGCGAACAGGUGCAUUUUGGGCUGUAAAGAAACUUUAAAUCGAAUGAAUUUAAGACCUUGAGAUGACAUCCGGCUUGCAAUAAGACGUUAGAUGUGUGUUUCACUGUUGUGUAUUAUGAUUACAGCUUCUUAAAACUUGUCAGAAUGCAUAUGUCUAUUUGUAAAAUGAUUUAAAUGCUGACUGAUUGGCUUCGGUAUGUGUAAAGACUCCCAACACAGGAUCCAAGUGGAUAGACAUGAACCAUUUUAUUCGAUUCAGUAAAUCUUAGUGGAAAGAUUAACAUUUCAGAAACCAUCAAGCAAGCGAACUCAACAUCCCAAUGACUGCAUGACUAAUGCAUGAAUCAGUCAGUGUAUCCCAAAACUGACUUCAACAAGCAACAAUUGUCAUCCUGAAAGAAUUGCUCUAACAAUGCUGAGGACAAAGGCAUUGCCUCUACUACAGACACAUAUAGCAGGUUUGGUGGCUCAGAGAGUUCAUCAGCUGGCCUCCAUCAAACAUAUGUGUGGGCUCCCUGAGAAGAGGCGUCAGGCGCUUCUGUACCCCUUUAACAGUCUGGAGGAGCACCUGUCCUCACAGGUCAGUCAGGAAGAAUUCAAGAUCUUUUAUCCCAGCUUGGAGGAACUCCGUCAGGCAGAGACACUGUUCACUCCCUCCUCUAAACAUAGUAUCGACUACUCUACUUCUGCGGUCCGGUUUGACCAUGUACCUCUUCUUAAACAGCCAGAGGUGUGUUUUAUGGGCAGAAGUAAUGUGGGGAAAUCUUCUCUCAUCCGUGCCUUGUUCUCUCUUGCGCCGGAGGUAGAUGUGCGGGUCUCUAAAACUCCGGGCCACACCAAAAAGCUGAAUUUCUUCACUGUGGGAAAGGCCUUUACGCUUGUAGACAUGCCGGGGUAUGGAUACAAUGCCCCACGGGACUUUGUAGAGAUGGUUGAACCGUACCUUCUAGAUCGUCAGAAUCUGGUGAGGACGUUCUUGCUGGUGGAUGGAGGUGCAGGUCUGCAGAAGGCAGAUUUAGUUGCUGUGGAGAUGUGUGAGGAGUUCAAUUUACCUUAUGUGCUGGUGGUAACUAAAAUAGACAGAACCCGACAGGGUACUUUGUUGGCUCUUACUCUACAGCUUCGGGACUUUAUUAAAAAUCAAACCAGCACGUGUUUCCCACAGCCAUUUCUAGUAAGUUCAGUCCAGUUCUCUGGGAUUUAUCUGCUCAGGUGUUUCAUAACACAUGUAACAGGAAAUCUACAGCUCAAUGCUAAACAGUCGUGAGUGUACUGCACUGCCUUUCCACACGUCACAAAGACAAACCUGAGGUCUGGACCCAAUGUCAUAAAACCAAUUUGAAAAUGACUGAUUUAAACCAUUUAAUUAUUGAAUCUAUGUAUUUAUUAUUUUCAAAUGCAGAGGCUGGUAUCACAAUAUUACUGGUUUCAGGAUUCAUGCAGCUCUGUAUAAACUCCCUGAAUGAUCCAGGAAUCAAGUGUAUGAUUUAACAACAUUUAUAUUUUAGUGAGAUCUUAGGGUAUUCCACAAAUGCACAUCCCUGUCUGUUGCUGUAUAGUCAAGUGCAAUAUUUGUUCUUCUAAAUAAAAUGACAGAAAGUGUUGCUCUGAAUGUUUACGAGUGACUGUUCAACUUUAAAUCUUGCUUUUACUUUUGGAGAUGAAACCAAAAUGUACCCGCAUGAUAUGAUCAGUUUCAGAUUACAGUGAAUGGAUAACAAAAAGACUUCUUACUCUUGAAUUUGAUCUCUUGGGUCAUUUCUUCUCCCUGGUUUGUUGUAAACUUGGUGUGCUAUGGUCUAUGUUACACACUUUUCGGACAUUACUCUUCCUAAAUUAAUUGUGGUAAGGAGGGUUUUGUCAUUUCACCCGAGGUUAACAUUCUUAUUGCGUAUUACAAGGUCAUUUUCAUUGACUGAGUAAAGCAUAUUACUGUUUUUUCAGUUGCAGUUGCUUAGACACUAAAAUCCAUUCAAUUUGCCAAGUAUUUUAACCCAAUACCAAAACUACAUAUUCAGGAACUGUUUAUUAUUACUUCUUUCUUUUCAAAUAAUGGGAUUUGAAUUAAUUUUUUAACUUUUAGAAUUCAGAGUUCAAAAUGUUUAGAAGUUUCAUUAAUCUCUUAGUGUAAUAACUGCUUGGUAUGUAACCCCACAAAAGGCACGCAAAGACUGGAAUAGAGCUUCAUAAAUACAUAGUAUUUAGCAAUUAAAAGGGACCUUCAGCUGAAAGAGCCUUAAACAAGCUAAUUUUUUAUGUUUUUAUUUUUUUACAUACCCUGUGAGAGCUGUAUAUACCAAUUCCAUCAAUGUACUUUGCACCUAAGUGUCCUUACAGAUGUUAUACUGUUUAUGUAGUUAUAUA